GAAAAAAGAGGAAAUAGUAAGCAGGUAAUUUUCGCGCGUGCGUAAACGUUGUAGACCCGCUGUGUUUGUUCUUUACAAAAUUAUCUUUUGGCGUGUGUUUUAUUUUCCAGUGCAUAUUAUGUAGUAUGUAGUGUUGUGGACAGAUUCUUUGUUAUUAAUUAGCAAAAUGCCUGGAGGAAAAGGAAAAGCAGGAAAAGAUAGUGGAAAAGCAAAAUCUAAGAAAGUUAUUUCGAGGAGUGCUAGAGCUGGCUUGCAGUUUCCUGUUGGCCGUAUUCAUCGUUUCCUUAAGAAAAGAACAACAAGCACUGGGCGUGUUGGCGCUACUGCUGCUGUAUAUAGUGCCGCUAUACUGGAAUAUUUAACAGCUGAAGUUCUUGAGUUGGCUGGAAAUGCAUCUAAAGAUCUUAAAGUGAAGCGCGUUACGCCUAGACAUCUUCACCUUGCAAUUCGAGGUGAUGAGGAGCUUGAUUCGCUUAUCAAAGCAACCAUUGCUGGUGGGGGAGUUAUUCCGCACAUUCAUCGCUACCUCAUGAACAAGAAGGGUGCACAGCAGCCAUCAACCGCAGUUCCAAAGACACAGCCUGUUUGA